AUGCUCAAGUAUCAAGUGAGAGCCAGCAGUUGCCCUUCAGUCUAUGGCAGUCCUUCUUCUUCGACCAAUGAAGCUACACUGACAAGCAGAAGCAGCUCGCUCGCGUCGCUGAGUUCGGUGGACAGCGCGAAUUCCGAAAGCGACUGGGGAACAUUGAGAGUCUACACAAAUAAUGUGAAGGCCUGCACUGACUACAAGACUAUUCGGGUUUCGACACAUAGCACAACACGAUCCGUCAUUGAGACCGUGCUUAGUAAAUUCAAGAUUUCGUGCAGGGACACGAAUCUGUUUGAGUUAUGGAUGGAGGUUACUACCAAAGCUAAUGGUAAAGCUGUGAAGACAAUUCUGAGGCUGGAUCACUUAGCUAGACCGCUCGAAUUGCAAAGGUGCCAUCCGUCGAAUAUGUCGCGAUUUAUGCUCCAUAUGAAUUCUAAAGGGACCCUAAUCAGAGUACACGAUCAUAACAUUUCUCCUCAGUCAAAUUACAAGUCGCUGUUACUGGCCGAAGAAACCACAUGCCAUGAGGUAGUUGACAUUCUGCUGUGUAUGAGCAGAAAGGAGCCAGAUGGAGACUACGCACUGUUUCUCACAUCACCUGAAGGCGAGGCAGAGAUUCCUUUUGAGGUGCCACUUGUGCCAAUCGCUCUCAUGUGUCAGUCGUAUCACAAAAUAGUCAUUCGACAAGUCGAUACGCUUUGAGUCUCUAAGAACUUCCUUUUGUAUUCGCUGGCAUUGCUCCUCUUACCUUGGGAUAAUCAUGAAGACGUAGCAGAAGAUGCACAUGUCGCACGAUUUCAUGUACUACUGGCAUGAGACUAAUUCUGACAACGGAAAAACCUACAUCAAUUCUUGAAAGAUCACUUCGCGUUCGCCAAUUGUCGUCAUUCG